AUUAUUAAUUAUUUUAGGACAGAUAUAUAUUAUGGUAUGGGUUCUGAAUUAGGAUGGCAUAAUUUAUCGAGGAACCUUUUUGCUGAUCUUAAAAUGAGUUUCCCAAAGCGUGAGAGAGUUACGUUUUCGCGACACGUCAAUUUCAGCCUAUCGGGCCUCGAGUUGAGAGGCAGUGGUCGAAUCUUGAAUUUGAAACUGACCAAUAACAUUCAUUCUCAGAUUGUAUUCCAAGUUUCUGAUUGGCUGGUUAAAAAUCAGGACCAAUAUGGCGGCUGGCCGAUACCUGUAGAGAGGAAAUUCCCGGGUCUAAAAAAGAAACUGAAACCGGGCUGGUACUCGUCAAUGGGUCAAGGUCACGCAAUGUCUCUCCUAUCUAGGUCGUUCGAAACCAGCCGCGACUUGACCUAUUUAAGAGCGGCAUUUCGAGCAGCGACGCCGUUUCUAGUGGCCGGAAAAGACGGCGGCGUUUUGGCGUAUUUGUUCGGGAAGCUUCCAUGGUACGAGGAAUACCCAACCGUGCCGUCGACCUUCGUUCUGAAUGGGUUCAUGUACGCCUUGUUCGGCCUCUACGAUCUGGCCGUUACAUUAGAGAAUUUAAGAUUUGGCGGUGAGGCCUUGAGCGAUGAUGUCGGUAUGCGGACACUCGGUAUCGCAUUACCGCUAUUCGAUACCGGAUCCGGAUCCUUUUACGAUCUCAAUCACUUUACACACCCGGGAGUCACUCCCAAUCUAGCGCGCUGGGACUACCAUACAACACACAUCAAUCAGUUCAUGAUGGCGUCGAUCGUUGAGGUUCAGAGCGUGUGUUGGAAGGUUUUUAAUAAGUUUAUAAAUCGGUGGAGUAAAUACUUGAAAGGGUUUAGGGCAGAGCAUAAU